CAUUAUUGGACUUGCAUAAAUGUAAGCUACACUAAUAGUUGUCACAUAUUCUAAUGAAUCCAAAACUAAGCAUCAAUUUGAACAUUUCGCACCAAUGUAUACAAACUGAGAGCGGAAGUGAGAUUUGCACCAAAUUGAGAGCGGAUGAAAGCUUCAUUGUUUACCUUUUCUCUUUACAUCUGAUUAAGCAAGAAUACCGUGAUAAUAAUUUAUUUUCUGUUUGAAAUCUGUGCGAGAGAAAGCAAUUAUUUCAUCCGUUUGACCACCAGUCCAGUAUGGACAUCGAGGAGCGUAUGGGCUUCUUCUUCACAGGUAAUGUUUACAUGACCAUCACCUGCCUGGACAUGCUCUUCUCCGUGGCUGGAAUCUUCCUUAACAUCAUCGUUAUCAUCACCUUCGUCAAAAUCUACGGCGUCAAGAAGUUCCAGAGUGUCUUGUGGGUCAACAUGUCUCUGUCUUUGAUUGUCCAGUGUCUGGUCAUCUAUUUCUCGGCGCUGGGCACGUACGUCCACCAACUCAGCGACAGCGCCACAGAUUGUGGGAUGAGACAUUUUCUUCCAAUCACCAUGGACCAGGUGUUUAUGGGAUGUUAUUUGGUUUUGUUGUUGGAGAGAAUUUCUGCAGUUCACUUCCAGGCAUUUCACAGUUUGAUCCCAAGGAUCGAUACUUUGAUGGUUUUGUACGGUUGGUCGUACGGCUUUUAUUUUCUAUUUUUAAACUACUUCGAAGUCUUGAGUUACAAGUCACCCUUCAAAUGUGUGACACCGUUUCUGGAUCAGCUGCCUCAAGAACCCAUCUCCUUCUUCAUCUACGUCUCUCUCGUGUUCGCUACAGCUCUCUCCAUCAUUAGCGAAGUGCUGCGGGUCCCCCAGGGGAUGAGUAAAGUGGAGAAGAUGAGGCAGGAGAUAGAGACCAGGGGGACAUCCGUUGUCCUGGCUGUGGGCGUCGCCUUCAUUGUACUGGCAACACCACGACAAAGUUUGGCCAUGGUUUUCUGGUCCAAUGCCAUCGAUGUGCUCUCCUACCAGGUGUACUCUAAAAUCACCAGCAUGAUAGCUCGCCUCUAUGUUUUAGUGCCAUUUUUCUCCCUGCUCGUACGCCCAGAGUUCAGGAGUGCCAUCAAAGCCUUUCUCACCUGCAGCUCGCUGGAGCCGUUAAAAAGGAAGAUCAGAGGACAGGAGAACUACAUCAUGACGGUUCAGAAGAUGGUGGACGUAGAGAGGAAGUUGAUCGUGGACAAGAUACGGAGUCGCAUCGCCAGCACAAAGCCGUCAACCACGGCACUACGAGACAGGACAUCGGCCAUGCACAUGGAGCCUAGGGCCAGAGAGGACUUUUCUUACCUACACGAGGAUUCCAGGAGUAUUAAGUCGACCUAUAUUUAGGCACAGUGGUGGAUAGGCCGAGUCGUGUUUAGACUCAGUGGUGUUUAGGUUCAGUGGUCUUUAAACUAAGCAAUGUUUAUGUAUUCUGAAAUUGAUUGACCUGUACGAAUUACAUAUAAAAACUGGUUUAUUUAUUUUUAACGACACUAAUACGAUCUGGUAUUGUAUGAUCUAUCAUCUGUAGAUGUUAAAAUCCACAAGUCAGGCCGCGGUACCCAAGCAAACACACACACACACACACAUACAUAUACACACACAUCAGCUUUAUUGAUGCUUUAAAUUUAGUGAUCCCAUUUAUUUGAAGACAAUAUUGAGGUUAAAAAUGAAUUUCAAAACUUCAAUGUUUUUUUUUGUUAUAUUAUUUUAAGUAUCAGUAAUUUUUUUAUAAUGAGUACUAAAACGGAUAAAACAAUUUAGCCAUUGUCUCGUAGCAUUGUUAAUAAAAAAAUCAAGACGUCUCCUAUUACGUACAUUAAAGUCUCAUAUUU